CACCCUAGCUAGCACAGCCUUUCUCCAACUUGGCAUGCGCUACUGAUGACUUCUACUCGCAGCACUAGUGUAGUACCCAUCAGGUAACUAGCAGCCAUGGUGAACACCACCUCAAUGGAGCAAAUGACCAAGUACUACUGGGGUAUGUUGAGCGCAAGGGCCGCCGCCGCUGGUACGACGACGACUACUAGCCUCAGGUCCUGGCCGCCUCCGGCGCAUGGCAGCGGCGGUGAUCCGUCAUGGGAGGAGCUGGCGUUCGCGCGGGACGCCGCGGGGAACCUCGGCGGCUGCGUGUGGCCACCGCGCUCCUACACGUGCACCUUCUGCGGCCGAGAGUUCCGGUCCGCGCAGGCGCUCGGCGGCCACAUGAACGUGCACCGCCGCGACCGGGCUCGCCUCCGGCAGUGCGCCUCCCUGGAUCAUCAUGACGUCGUCCAGGUCCAGGACGCACACCAACAACAGUCAAUCGCCCCUCAAGCUGAUCAUCUUCAGCACCAGCUUCGGCAACUGCAAGAAGCUCCCUUGUUCAGGGCCAAGGCAGUAUUACUCUCUGGCCCUAAAUCUACUAAUUGUGAUCAUCAAGCUUGUACUACUACUUCUCCUUCAUACAUAUCAACCAUCAUCAAGGAGAGCAAGAACAAGAUACCGGGGUGGAAAGAAGAAGCUCUAGAAAGAUAUGAGGAAGAGGAGGAGGAGACCAUGGCGGAGAGGAGGAAGCGAAGGAGGGUCCAUCAGCCGCCGGAGGCAGUGCUUCCGUUCUUCUUGCAUCUGCCGCCGGUGCCAUGUGACAGAGUUGAACAUGAUGCAAAGCUGGUGCUUGAUUUCCCCAACCAUAAGCAAGGUUGCUUCUUCUUUUAGGUCAGACCACAAGCAGACAGUAGAUAGGGCAAGGUCGCCGUUUGUUCUUAUCUUAUACACUAUGUCUCU